UAACACCACUUUUUAAAACAAUUUUUCUCUCUCUUUCAUUUCUCUCUUGCUUAUUUCUCUGAAAACAACCAGUGUAAAGGUCGAGUGUCGUUUCCCGCGUGAAAGUCAGAAAAUCCGGACCCGUUUAACCUAGCAUCCGCCACUCUAAUUCAACCACGUCCGGCAUCACUGUACGGGCCAGCAACCGCCCGCUCCGAACUACUGCGAACGCCGCGUACAGUUCUCUCCGAUGGCCCCUUCUUCUCCGAGUAACAGUUCUCUCCAACCUCUUUCAACCGCAGAGAAUGAUCUCCAGCCAUUCUUUGUUCUACAUAAAGCUUCACAUCAGUGGAAGGAUAGAACAUCAGCCGGACAAGGAAAACCUCGCAAGAGAAAUAAGCUUUCUCUCAGAUCGUCACAGAGUGCAAAUGAACCGGAAGGAAGUUCAGCCGAAGAAUGUGAUCGCCAUUUGUGUAGAAAAAUGAAGAUUGAGGCUUUUGAUAUUGUUUGGACAAAAAUUGAAUCUACCAUUAAGGAUGUCUUGAGAGACAUUAAUGCUAGUGUAUUCAAUGAUAUACAACAAUGGGCUAUGGAGUGCUUUGAUACUACUAGAUUGGUUGGAGAACCUAGCAUUGCUGAAGCAACUCGGUCUUUUCCUGUUCUAAAUAAUACUACUCCUUUGAAGUUGUACACUGCAUUAGUUAUUACCAGAAACAUAGAGUUUGUUGAUGAUAUAAUGACAUUUGAAGAGCUUGGCCUUUUCUUGAAAUCCCAUGGAUGUCAUGUGGCUAUGCUUUCAUCAAUGGAGUUUUCGUUAAGAAAUGGGAUUGCUGGUUGCUUGAAAGCUUUAUUGCGAGAGUUUCUAGGGAGUUCUUUCGAUUCACCUGAUAUACAAACCUUAGCAUCAUGGUAUAGAGAACAAGACAACUACAAUAAGCCACUAGUGCUGAUAAUUAAUGAUUUGGAAAGGUGUUGCGGAUCAGUCUUAACUGAUUUUAUCCUGAUGUUGAGUGAAUGGGUUGUCAAGGUGCCAAUCAUCUUAGUAUUUGGAGUUGCAACGACAGUGGAUGCCCCAAGAAACAUUUUUCCAUCACAUGCUCUUGAGUGUUUGUGCCCUUCUAUGUUUAUGCUUGGAACUCCAGCUGAGAGAAUGGAUGCAAUUGUUGAAUCUGUUUUUAUAAAACAUUGCACCACAUUUAAUAUUGCUCAUAAAGUGGCGCAGUUCUUGAGAAACUACUUCAUCAACCAGGAUGGGACAGUAACAUCUUUUAUAAGAGCUUUGAAGGUAGCAUGUUUAUUACACUUCUCUAUGGAACCUUUGAGUCUCGUACAAGGGAGAGUUAUCGUUGAAGAUCAGUUGAGUAAUUCUGGAUUAUCACCUGAGACAAUGAUGAAAUACUUGGAGGAACUUCCAUCAUAUGCAAGGAAUAAAGAGGUUGAUGAGACUAAGAAGAGCAUGGCUGAGGGUUUGUCAGAAUUGCUGACAGUGAAGAAACUAUGGAGCACUGUGGUUCUUUGCCUAUAUGAGGCUGGAAAGUAUAGCGGAGUGCGGCUGCUGGAUUUGUUUUGUGAAGCACUCAAUCAAGUUUUGUAUCCAUCAAAGGAUUCUGUUUGUAAUAAGAGGGAUGAAAAAGACCAUGGCCUGUCCUCAUCAAAUGAUCCCUGUCAGCAAUAUUCCAUCAUGCAAAGUGGAGGUUGUAUUUGCCAGAUAGUACGCAAAGUGAGGGAUCUCCCUUCAGGAAAGCUAGAUCAAUUGAUUGAGAGUUGGGAAAAACUUACAGAAGAUAUUUCAGAGAUUCAUGAGAAACUGAAAAUUUUGAAAUCUUCAAUAAGAUGUAAAGAUGGAAAGAGUUCACACAGGAAUUCCAAGGACAUUUCCAAGAGAGGUGUGUCCAAGGGUUCUAUCAAUAAUGAUAAGGACUCAAGAAUGUCAAACUUGCAAGCUAUCGCAUUUCUUGAUGAUUUAGUCAGAAAUUAUUUGAGGCCCAUUGAAGGAAUACCGUUCCAUGAAAUUUUCUGCUUCAAGAAUGUUGAGAAGCUUCAACUGGUUUUGAUUGGAGAUCCAAGGAGAAGGAUUCAAGUUGAUCUGUUGGAGUUCCAUAAUAUUUUACGUUGUAGUUGCUGUAACAAGAGUGGCAAAGCCCUAUUGCCAUCCAUGCAUGAUUCCUCAAUUAUGUAUUCGCUGGCUCAAGAGCACGGAGAUCUUAUCAAUCUUCAUGACUGGUUCCAGUCUUUUAGAACAAUUGUUCUUCAACAUACAAAUAAACGAAAACAAAAGUCGAAGCAGACUCCUCUACCCAAGAAGAGACAAGACACAAGUAGAUCUGAAGAUCAAAAUGAAGCGUCAAUUCAAGCGCGAUUUUGCAGGGGAGUUACAGAGCUGCAGAUCACUGGACUAGUUAGAAUGCCUAGCAAGAGACGUCCAGAUUUUGUACAGAGAAUAGCAUUCGGAAUUUGAAUACAGAAUUCACCUGAUUACUUUCCUCAUUUAGUAGUUUAUCUAAGUAUUCGUGAUUCAAUAUGAUAUGAUAAUUAGUUGAUUGAUGCCUACGAGCUUCGCCCCCUCAAAAGAAGAAAGGUAUAACUGGAAAUAGAGGUAGAGAGAACUGUCACCAUGUUUAUUAAAGAUUUAUAAAAAUUAUUAUUUUUAUAAGUAAAAUGUAAUUUAUUUAGAUUAUUAUUUAGUCAAGAAUAACGGGUUACACCUAAAUUUAAUGUUAUUAUUGAAAUUGUCUUUGUUCAUUUAAAUUUAUUUAAAAUCGAAUACAAAAUUAAACUAAUAAAAUUGAAUAUAUAUAAUGUAUUUCGGAAUAAUUCUUUUAAAUAAAAUGAGUCGGAUUGGAAAUAAAUUGUCUGUAAUAAUCCUUUAAAAAAAGAGGAAUAUGAACAUUUUUGAGAGU